AUGAAUUUCCAGCCGUGCAAGUGGGCCCGUACAGCAAUGUCCAUGUCCUCAACCGUUGUUCUCUCCAUCCAUCCGCCUGAUUCCUCCAAGGCUUUUAUUCUCCAAACGCCAGCUGUCCCAUUAAACCCGAAGAAGUUGAGGAAAAUGCCGUUAACCUGCUGCUCGACCUCAAAAUGGAAGGCUAAGUUUAUGAGUUGCAGCCUAGUCAGCAAAUUCUCAUCCUUGUUAACAAAUGACCACCUAGCCUGGACAAGUCCUAUGUGGAACAGUCCUCUGAAGGAAAUCUGGGUUGGGCUGGAAAUCAGCGUCGAAAAUGGCGACAAACUCGUAAUCCUUAACAUAACUACAAUUCAUGGCAGAUUUAAGGUUGCCGGCUUUAUAACCCUCUCUAAUCACUCUAUGCCUGUAAACUAUGUUGGCACCAUUUUCCUUCCACUUGUGCACUUCAUCCUUAAUUAG